AUGACAAUCGAAGAAGCGCCUCCCCAGUCGAACUAUGAUGGCGUUCCUCAAAGAGAAGCAUUCGCCCAACGACCAGCCGCAGACCUAAUACCCAUAUCACACCCUCUUCCCUGUCAACAACAGGCCCCCCAAAAAGCCAACACAUCCUCAACUCUGUCAAAUAGGACAUUUCAACCACAAACUAAGGUUGCCAUUCCUCGUCAACGGGCUGCAGUUGCUCCGCGUUAUAAUCGACGAGUGCCUCGUGCUUGUUCGUCCUGCAGGCAGCGCAAAACAAAAUGUAGUGGUGAUACCCCGGUUUGUCGCCAGUGUCGUGAGCUGAGGGCUACGUGCAACUACCCCGAAGGUUGGAGGGAGAGAACAAAAAAACAAGUUGACAAGCUCUCAGAGAAAGCGCAAGAGUAUGAGAAUCUGUUGAAGGAUUUGGCGGGUGUUGUUGAUUUCAGUAUCGCGGAGCGGAUCAGGAGCUUGCUGGACAAGAAUGGCCCGGAAGUGGAUUAUUCGUCGCAUAAUUCCCAGUCUCAAUCAGCAACCCCCCAGGAUGAAGUUCUAGGAAACGAUGAACCGACUUCGCCGUCGUCUAUUGGGUCUCUGGAGGCGAUUGAUCGAGUAGAAGAGGAUAUCAAUCGGUCAGAACAUGCUAGAGCAACUGGUUAUAUGGGGAAAAAUUCAGAAAUUACUUGGAUGCAACGACUACAGAGAGAGGCAGAUCAACGUGCCAAAGGUCUUCCGGGGAGUCUGGAGCCAGGCCAGGAUCUAAAGACUGAUGAUGCGUUAGCUCUGCAUGCAGUCAAUUAUCAUCUUGAUGACUUGGAUAUUUCAGUCCCCGGACCGAUACAAUUGUAUUCCAUGCCCCCCCGAGAGAUGGCGGAUCAUAUGUUCGAGGCUUAUUUGACUACCGUGCAUCCGUUCUUCCCCAUCAUCAACAAACCCCUUUUCUCAGCACAGUACCGGACAUUCUUUGACAGUGCUGCUCAACCCGGUGACAAGUGGCUUGCUAUAUUGAAUAUGAUAUUCGCAAUUGGGGCUAAACAUAGCCAUCUCAUUGACGCACCAUGGCGUGGGGAUGAUAAGGACCAUUUGGUGUAUCUGACGCGAGCUAGAAUUCUUAGUAUGAAUGGCGAUGCCCUGUUCAGCCAUCCCGAUCUCCAGCAAGUCCAGGUAGAAGCCUUGGUUGCAUUCUACCUUCUCGCUUCUGAUCAAAUCAAUCGGGCGUGGAGAAUCUCGGCUUUGGCAGUGCGGUCUGCAAUCACACUUGGAAUCAACAUGAAAAGCAGUAGUCCAACCACACCCAAUCUUUCGAAAGAAGCCCGUUACCGAGUUUGGUGGUGUCUGUAUACAUUCGAGCACAUGCUCGGAAUAAUGACUGGUCGGGCAACUUGUAUCCAGGACGCAAUGUGCACCGCGCCUUUCCCGAUACCAUUUGAAGAAGAACAGCUACAGGAGCCAGAUGCCCUCGAAGUACUCACAGAUACAACACUACGAGACGAACGAAUCAACAACGUCAUGACAAGUGCGUCUAUCAGAAAAAUGCCGUUCCACCCAGUAAAUGGUAAGGAUGCCAGUCAGCACACUCGAGUGCGAGAUACUGAAUGGAUCAAAAACUUGCGUGUCAACUACGGUCUCUGUUAUGUCUACUUUUGCGACUUGAUAGUCAUAGUGCAAGAAAUUGUCAAUAAAGUCUAUUCAGUAGACUGCGUGAUGAUACCAUGGGCACACAUCGAGAUCCGGAUUGCUGAACUCAAGUCCCGAACUGAGAUAUGGCAAUCCAACCUUCCAACCGGGCUUGACUUCACAAUCAAGGAAGAUAAUGGACCGGAUAUCCUUCGCUACAAACUGAGUUUAGCGCUGCAAUACUAUAGUGCGCGGAUCACACUAGGCCGUCCCUGUCUGUGCCGGCGUGACGCGCGCCAAAAAGGCAACAACCCCUCUUUCAGCCACGAAAUGGCAGUAUUAACCCUGAAUUCUGCAAGACACAUGCUGGAUCUGAUCCCGGAUGAGCCAGAUGCACUCCAGCUGUACAGGAUUUCCCCAUGGUGGUGCAUCCUCCACUAUCUCAUGCAAGCGGCGACAGUCCUCCUCCUCGAGCUGUCCUUCGGCACCGUCCACAUGCCAGAAGAAGAAAAGAACUUCAUCAUCCUCUCUAAGAAAGCAAUCCGCUGGCUCUUCGCAAUGUCCGGGGAGAGCAUUGCCUCCCGACGCGCCUGGCAGCUCUGCGACCUCAGCCUCCGCAAACUGGCCCAGGGCAUGAAAUACGACGUCAGCGACAUGCCCUCCUACCCAUACAUCUCAGAGCCCACAACAACUAUAGGCUCAGAACUGCUGUCUGACCAGCCUGUAUCUCAUGCCGCUGGCGCUGGCGCCGGCGACUACUGGGGCCAGCUGGAACAUCCCCAAGUGUCUGUUCCAGAUGCACAGCCCGCUUUAGACUACUUCUACCCGACUAUCUCGACCGCGGACCUGGUCGACUCGUUGACAGCCGAGGCCCAGGACUCAUACUUCCCUUAUGAUCCCAUCUCCGGGGAGUUUAUGCGUUCUUUCUUCCCUCAUUCCAAUGAGAAUGAAGACUAG